CCUAAUUAAAAUUUUUUUGCUCGUAAAUAUCGGUCGACGCCUCGCCGGAGCUUCUCCCGAGUGUCUCGUUUCCGAUCUCUCGCCGCCGAUGGCCUCGCCUACCUUGGACAGAGCUCUUCUCUUCCUCGUCGCAAUCAUUCUCCCUCUUCGGAUUUUCAACCUCUGUUCCCGUCUUCUUCGAAGAGGGAUUGUGCGAGGACGGCUCAGAGCGGUCCGAUCGGUUGUCCUCGUCGUCUCCGUCGUCGUCCUGCUCGUCUCCAUCUUCUCCCUCUCCGAUACCUAUCCCUCGGAAAGGAGCGCCGUGAUCGCGGAAAUGGAGGAUUUGAGGCUCAAGACCGCUCGAUUAGAAUUUAUUCUAGAGGACAGUACCAAAGCCUUGAGUUCCACAACCUUUCAUCUAGAACAAAGAGAUAAGCUUCUUGAAGAGAUGGAAAAAAAGGUCAGACUAAUGGAGAAUGCCAUAUAUGAAGUUAAGGGUUCAAGUAGUGACUCAUUGGACACUGAAGAUCGGGUUCGGGCUCUGGAAAAAGAGAUCCAGUUGUUAUUUGAGCAGUCAAUGAUGAACACGGAUAGCAUUCGGAGUUUAGAAUCACAUGCGGACGAAGCAAAAGAAAAGAUGGAGACUGCAGCUUCUGAAGUUCAAAAGUUGGAGAAUAUAGUUACUGAACAGUGGAUUCAAAUACGCCAACUCGAGCAGGCAUUUCAAUCAACCAAGAUGACAACAAAGAAAGUUCUCAAAAGAAAUAGACAAAAAGAAGAGCACAAGAAUCAAAUUCCUUUCAAGGAAACUGUGAGCAAGGCUUUCCAGUUUAUCAGGAGUACUGGUCACCAUGCCUCAGAAGUUAUCCUAGCUGAUUCAUUCUUUUUAAGGGCUUCUUUCUCAAAAUCAGCCAUACCUGAAGCAUAUAAACAGCUCAAAGUCUUUAUGUCACUUGUCAAAAAAUGUCACCAUGAGAGGCAUCUUCUGCAAGGAAUUUUCAUAUUAUGAGUUGAAUUGGACAAAUAUCCAAAAUUUUGAGAGAUGGGACAACUGAUUGAGAGUUCUCUUGCUGCUAUUUCUGCUUCAUAUUAGUUUCUAAGACUUCUUAUUACAUCUUCAACUUAAUGUACUUUCACCACAGUUAUAAUUGGCUUUAUUAUUUUUAGUUGGAAUAUUUGCUGGUACAUUCAGUUAGAGUGAAUAAAUUUCCUGUCCCAUGAAGCACUUUGUGGUAAGAGUGAAUGCUUAGGAAAUUAUCUUAGGUAAUUUGAGUACUUGCAUAACAACUACAGGCUAACCUAUUGUGGUAGAAUUGAAUUUUCCUCAGGAAGUGUUUGAGGCCAGACAAAAGGAGGUAGUGAAUUGGAAUUAUAAUUUCUGUAACAAAACUUAAUUCCUACAUAACUGUAAAUUGAAAAUGUGGUUGCAAGACUGAAUCUAAUGAUAAAUACUGCUGAAUUAAUUUAAGCAGUUAAACAAUCAAGCUGAACAAUAAAGUAAAACAAAUACCAUGUCCUUCUUAUGUAAUACCAGGUCUAGAAGGUGCUACCUUAGGGAAUGAUAUAAGUGCUAUUUCUGUUGCAUGAUGUUAGCGUUGAAAUGUUUUUGGCCGAUGCAAACUGUAGGCCUGAUUUGGUUGCGACGUGAUACAUAUACAUGCUUUGUGAACAACUAUUUCUCACUGUUCACUAACCUGACAACUAGUCGUA